CCACAAAUUAAUCAAGCACUUAUACAAGCUCAUGACGAAGAGCAGUAGCAAAAUUUAUUUCAUUAGACAGAUUUCCGAGAGAUCAAACGAGGAUCUGUGCCCCUACAUAAACAAGAACCCUUCCACAUAACUCAAAUUUAGAUUUCAAAAAACUAUCUUUUAGCAAUAUCUGCUGAUUAAAUUUUGAAAGUUGUUUAAAUUUGCCACUUAGGUUCAAGGGCGUUUGGGAAGGAAUUGGGCCAGCUGCUUCUCGUCUCGACCCCAAUAUUGUCGUAGUCUGUCACUCGUGUUAUUACUGAUUGUUGUCUAUUGCUCUACUUAGUAAUUCUAAGUGCGUUGCUGGGUCAUCGACUCGCCGUUUCUUCCGUCUUUUCCAGCCCUCACGCUACUUUGCAUGCUUCCUUAGUCGGCACAGUACCUUCUGGCUCAAACCGCUACAAUCGUCUCUAAGUGAGUUGCAAUGCAUUCAAGAUCUUACACACAUGGUUCAUGCUUUCUGAGUUAGGUUGAUUUCUCUUGUUUUGUAUUCGUUAUAUAUGCUACUCUGGAUGUUUUGUUUGAUACAACUUAACCAAAUUCAAGUACUUUAAAGACUGGGCCACACAGUGACAGUUCUAUCUCUUUUUAGAACUCAAACCAACCGACAGGUCUCGGGAAGUAAAGUUAGACAAUGUAAUUCAUGAUUAAGGUGCCAAAAACUGUAAACAAACUGUUGUCUAUUGGCAUUUCGUGAUAUGUUUACGUUAUCUCGUCAGUAAAUAUGUUUGCAAUUCACUGAAAUUUUGUGUUACAUAAUGUAGCAUAUGAUGGCUUUCUAUGAAUCCCAUUACUAUGUUUCAUUUUCCUCCUGUUAAUCUGUUCUGUGAAAAUUUGAUUGAUGGAAUGAAGAUAUGCUCUUAAAUGCAGGCGAAAGCACAUCGCACAUGUUCAAACCUGUAAAUAUCGUCUUUGCAGUCGUUUGUUAGCUCGUUGGUAGGUUGGUAUUCAUUUCUAAUAUUUCGACAAACUUAAGUUGUUUUCUGGUGACUCAUCACAGUCAUGCUUGGGUUGCAUUGUUUCAGAUUUUUGUUUUUAAAUGUCGUAUUUUGGAUCAGAUUUAAAUCGCCAGAAUUUCAUCAAUCUAGUCCCACUUUUGAGGCUUCUACAUCUACUUUGCCUGAGCAGUUUUGUCCUCCAUUUCAGGUCAGAAAGAUAAGAAUCCCAUUUAUAAAACUUGGCAAAUUGUUUUGCGUGAUGGAAGUCAUAACUAUACCUGCUUUGUCGGAUAACUACAUGUAUGUAGUUGUCGAUAGGGCGUCAAAUAUAUGCGCAGUUGUGGAUCCAGUGGAACCUGAUAAAAUUUUGAGUGCAGUCACGCAGCGCGGUUUGCGACUUGAAUCCAUAUUGACAACUCACCAUCACUUGGACCACGCUGGGGGAAACCUCGAUCUUGUAACUAAAUGCAGAAAACAAGGCUUAGAGGGACUAAAGGUGUACGGAGGAGAUGAUCGUAUUGGUGGUUUGACCGAUAUUGUGUCGCACGGAUAUAAAAUAAAGAUUGGUAGCAACCUCAACGUUUGUUGCUUGGCUACACCAUGUCAUACUACCGGUCAUAUAUGUUAUCUGGUUACCGAGGAAAACAGUACCAAGGAAGGGGCUGUAUUUACUGGCGACACAUUGUUCCUUGGGGGCUGUGGAAGAUUUUUUGAAGGGACUGCUGAACAAAUGUUUAAGGCACUUAUUGAAGUUCUUUCCAAGUUACCAACAACAACGAAAGUAUAUUGUGGGCACGAAUAUACUGUAAAAAAUCUUGAAUUCGGUUUAACUGUUGAGCCAAAAAAUGAAGCGCUUAAACAUCGGUUAGAAGCCGUAAAACGUUUACGUGCGUCUAAUCAAGCAAGUGUUCCCGGUACAAUUGGGGAGGAAUUAGCAACCAAUCCUUUCAUGCGUGUUUCUGAACCAGAUGUGCUCGCACAUGCGAAAACUACAGAUCCCAUCAAAGCCAUGAAGACAAUUCGUGAAGAAAAAGAUCGCUUUUAGAUUUAAAGGUCAUCUGUCUUAAACCAGUGAUGUAUUACAAUUUCUUCAAUGAAGUUAGUAUGCUCUUUUACAUUCUUAUCUUGACCCUGAACAUAAAUAAAACAUAUCUAUUGAAUUAAUCAAAUAAAACUGUUACUAAUGA